AACUGUCACCUCUAAUUCAAGGUAGCUUAUCUUUGUCAAAUCGAUCUCCACCCCACUCUGUCCUUCGCCUGACAUUUUUAAACUCCAUCUUGCGCGGAGCGUACGUGUUGAGUGUCUUGUAACUUCUUACUUAAAUAAACUCAACCCGAAAACAUGUCGAAGAUCGGUAUCAACGGAUUUGGCCGCAUCGGUCGCUUGGUGCUCCGCGCCUCCAUCGAGAAGGGCGCUCAGGUUGUUGCUAUCAACGACCCCUUCAUCGGCUUGGACUACAUGGUCUACCUGUUCAAGUAUGACUCCACUCACGGCCGCUUUAAGGGCACCGUGGAGGUCCAAGGCGACAACCUUGUUGUCAACGGCAACAAGAUUGCCGUCUACUCCGAGAGGGACCCCAAGACCAUCCCCUGGGGCAAGGCUGGUGCUGAGUACAUCGUAGAAUCCACUGGCGUUUUCACCACCAUUGAAAAGGCCUCCGCUCACUUGGAAGGUGGCGCCAAGAAGGUCAUCAUCUCGGCUCCCAGUGCUGAUGCUCCCAUGUUCGUUGUUGGUGUCAAUCUUGAGGCUUACGAUCCGUCUGCCAAGGUCAUCUCUAAUGCCUCCUGCACCACGAACUGCCUCGCUCCCCUCGCUAAGGUUAUUCAUGACAACUUCGAGAUUGUUGAAGGUUUGAUGACCACCGUGCACGCUACCACCGCCACCCAAAAGACCGUCGACGGUCCCUCCGGCAAGUUGUGGCGUGAUGGCCGUGGCGCCCAGCAGAACAUCAUUCCUGCCUCCACUGGCGCCGCCAAAGCUGUCGGCAAAGUCAUUCCCGCUCUUAACGGCAAGCUGACUGGUAUGGCUUUCCGUGUCCCCGUGGCCAACGUAUCCGUCGUUGACCUGACUGUCCGCCUCGGCAAGCCUGCCAGCUAUGAUGCAAUUAAGCAGAAGGUUAAGGAGGCAGCUGAAGGCCCCUUGAAGGGAAUCCUUGGAUACACUGAGGACCAGGUUGUAUCUUCCGACUUCAUCGGUGACACGCACUCUUCCAUCUUCGACGCUGCUGCCGGUAUUUCUCUGAACGACAACUUCGUCAAGCUGAUCAGCUGGUACGACAACGAGUAUGGUUAUUCUAGCCGUGUCAUCGAUCUCAUCAAGUACAUUCAGACCAAGGAUUAAAUACCUAAUUUCGUUUUAGAUAUAUGAUUAUAAUUUUGUCGAGAUUAUCGACGUUUUAUAAGUUAUUUUUUAAGGAUAGCUGUGUAAUAAUCUAAAUUAUUAUGCUACUUUGACAGUAGUUGUUAUGCAUGUGUUAAUUGUUCAUCGUAUGAGUAAAUGUAAUAUCAGCGCAAUUUAAUAUAAAACCCAGAAAUAAUUAAAAAUUAUUGUAAUAAAAAUAUAAUACAAUAAA